AUGCUACAGGCAUCCAUAACCUCGCUCCUCACUCCCUCACAGAAAGCGUCUAAUUCGCGCGCAUCGUACUAUGCUCAGCCCUCGUCGUCCAAGUCAACACAUACAAGGAAGCGCAGCGAAGCAGACGACUCCUUCCGUGGCUCUACUCCCUCCAAGAAGCCACGCGUCACAAUGUCAGCACGUCUUCAUUCGGCAGCACCUUUGGCUGAACGUCUACGACCACAGACCAUUGGGGAGUUUGUCGGGCAACCACACCUUACUGAGUCGGGUUCCCUGCUCUUAAGUCAUUUAGAGAGUGGGGCGACUGGGAGUAUCGUUUUCUGGGGUCCACCAGGGUGUGGCAAAACAACGUUGGCGCGACUACUAGCCAAACGGACGGAUGCAGAGUUCAAAGAGCUCAGUGCGACGGAUUCUGGAAUUGCGGAAGUUCGUGCAGUUGUGGAGGAGGCGAAGAGACUUCUUGCUCUCACAGGAAGGAGAACCAUCUUGUUUUUGGACGAAGUGCAUCGUUUCAACAAAGCCCAGCAGGAUAUUUUCCUGCCUUUCUUGGAGCAAGGUCAUCUGCAGUUGAUAGGUGCUACCACAGAAAACCCUUCGUUCCGUUUAACCAGCGCAUUACUCAGUCGUUGUCGGUGCGUCAGGUUGCUACAUGAUAUGGCGCCCCAGGUUUUCAUACUGGAACGUCUGAGUGACGAUGACAUCAGGAAGAUUGUCACAAACGCUAUAGAGCGAGUCACCGACUCUAUAUUAGCAAAACAGGACCUCCCGCCUUCGUCGCCCGUGGAAAUCGAGAUACUGGAUGACGAUGAAGCAACGAACGUCGCCAGCUCCCAACCGGACGUCGAGGAGCCCCUCGCCCAAGCCCUUUCGUCCACUCAAGCAUCCGAGGUCUCAGAAUCCCGAUCCGAGACGCAAUACACCGACGCCCUUUGCUUCCCUAAUUACCCGCACAUCACCUCUAAGGUGCUUUCCACCAUCAUCGCGCUCUCGACCGGCGACGCACGCACCGCGCUCUCACUCAUCGAACUCGUCCUGCACGCUCCUAUCACGUCCGAAGAGCCGAAGCUGCUCGCCGCGCUCCGCCGCUCCGUCGCGACCGCGUACGACCGCGGCGGGGACAGCCACUACGACAUGAUCUCGGCGCUGCACAAGAGCGUGCGGGGCUCGCAGCCGAGCGCGGCGCUCUACUGGCUCGCGCGCAUGCUCACCGCGGGCGAGGACCCGCUGUACGUCGCGCGCCGGAUGGUCGUCUGCGCGAGCGAGGACAUCGGCAUGGCCGACCGCCAUGCGCUGCCUCUGGCGAUGGCGGCCUACCAGGCAUGUCAGGUCAUCGGCAUGCCCGAGUGCCGCAUCAACCUCGCCCACCUCGUCACGUACCUCGCCGAGGCCCCCAAGUCGACGCGCGCGUACGAGGGCUACGCUCGCGCGGAGGAGGCGGCGGCGGCCGACCCGUCGAUCCCCGUGCCGCUCAUGAUGCGCAACGCGCCCACGGGGCUCAUGAAGCAGCUCGGGUACGCGGGCGGGUACCGCUACAACCCGGACUACAGGCAUCCGGUCACAAACGAUUACAUGCCGAUUCAGUUUCGCGGUGACGAGUUCGUGCGCAAGGCGGGGGACCUCGGCGGGAAGACGUGGGACGAAGACGCUUUACGGAAGUGGGAGUACGCGGAGAACGGGGGGAAGCCAUGGUCCGGCAGGCCAUCGGAAAACGGAGAACCUUCAUCUCACGACGAACGCGAUUCAGAAACCUGA